AUGGCUGCCGAAUCCGUGCGACCGGAUCAGCUCUGGUACCAGUACCGGCCUCUAGGAGACCGAUCGAUCCGACUCCUGGAGCUGCUCCCCGGCAGCGCGCAGGAUGGGAUGCGCUGCCGACUGCGCAGCGCGGGCCUCGAUGACAUGCGGGUCGACCACCCAUACGAGGCCCUGUCGUACGUCUGGGGGGACACGGGCGACCAGGUGACAAUCGCGUGCGAUGACGCCUGCGUCGUCUCCAUCUCUCGCAGCCUCCUCGAGGCGCUGCAUGCGCUUCGCGACCCCAUUAGCCCGCGGAUCAUCUGGGCCGACGCCAUCUGUAUCAACCAGCGCGACGACGCCGAGAGAAGCCGCCAGGUCCGCCUCAUAGACGCCAUCUAUAGGAACGCCAGACGCGUGGUCGUC